AUGCUGCGCUACCUGCUCAAGACGCUGCUGCAGAUGAACCUCUUCGCCGACUCGCUGGCGGCCGGCGACGCCCUGGCCAACUCGUCCGAGCUGCUCCUUGGUCUCAACUCCUCGGCUCUGGCCGCGCUCAGCCCCAGCCUCCUCGACCUGGGCAACCUGACCAGCCUCAACGGUGAGGGGCGGCGGGGCCCGGGAGGGGACCGGCACGAAAGCUGUUUCUUCCCCCCUUCCACCCACCUCUGGGAUGCGGGUGGGAAGCCAACAUGGGAUAUGGGGAGGGUGGAGGGCGCAGGUGGGAGAGAGAUUAAGACCCGGGGCUUUGCUUUCCCCUCCCCACCCACGUGAAGCUCUUCUCACCCCUUAGCCCAAAUGAACGUGUGAACGCCGUUUGUGCCCCCGCUCACGCGUGGGCACUCUGUGCAUGCUCACGGGCACGCUUCUUUUCUCGCGGCUGGUUUUGCGGCGUGGGGAGCGAGUUCAGUUUCGGGCAACGAUCCUACUAUACGCACCGACCUGGGAGAACGUCCCGUCCGGUUCUGUUUGCGCAGCAGGGGCUUGUGAUGUGAAUGCACCAGGGCUGGGCUUUGUAGCAUCCGGCCAGUGGGGCGGGACGGGGGAUGGGGGUGUUCCCAGUUGUGGCGGGGCAAGGGUUGUUGAGGUCCGGGGUGUGUGGAGAGGAUGUUCCUCGUUUUCCCGUUAGAAAGCGGGAGAAGGGAGCCCACAUCCCAACGAGUGUCCAUGCAGAAACUCGGGGCGAUCCUAGCGCAUAGCUGCUCGUUCAGACAUGCUUGCGUCUCUCGGGAGUGUCAGAGGACAGUGGGUCUGUGUCUCAUCCUAGGAAUCAUGAGUUCGCCCGUCUGUCUCUGCCCCCAAACUCGCGUCGACGAGACGCACCCAUCUCCCAUACAUGUUUCUGGCGAAUCGGAGCGUUUUCCAGGUUCAGACGGACGCGUUGCGAGCAUCUACUGGGGCAGAAGCGCACGUGAGAUUUGCUGGUUUCCUGCCUGGGACUCUUGUGUGCUCCCCUCGCCACUGGACUUUCAUUAUUGUGCAUAGCCCUCCUGGCGUGCCUUUAGUAGCAAGAUGAAUUUGAAGGGGUGGGGGUCAUCUGCACGCUUACUCAAGAAGUCCCACGGAUCUCGUAUUCACUUGCAUAGGAUUGCAGCUGACCAUCUUAUGCGCGCACAAGGGAAGAGGUCCCCUUGAACUCAGUAGAACUUACUUCCGAGUCAGCAUGCAUAGGAUGAGACUGCAGCAGGGAUCUGUUCCCUAGUGAAACCCAGAUCCUAUGCGCCUUCACUCAAAAGAAACCCUACCCAAGUUCAAUAAGAAUGAAACUUUCAGUUAGGGCUGCAACUCUAUACACGUUCACGUGGGAAUAAGACCCGAGUUAAAGGUGCAUAGUAGGACACUUCCUGCCGGGUUGCAAAUCCCAAGCUUCCCAGCCGAGAUCCGAUGCCGGAGGUCAGUCUUGAAAUACCCGAGAUGAAAACGAAAGUGCCUCUGAGCACAUGCAAAGGGCAAUCCUCUCAUCUCGUUGCAGCCUGCCCUUCACGCUUGUCAGGGGGCAGAGUCUUCCGGUCAACUUGAGCUCCGGAAUUUCUUUUCUUAUACGUGAUUCCAGCGUGUCACUGGAAAUCCUGGCGUGUUCCUAUUCUAAUUUCAUCUAGGCUGCGUGCAUAGGAUUUUGUGCGCAUGCACUGCUCAGGUGUGCAUUUGGCCGGCGUGCAUGCUUGCUUGAGCUUCCCCACACCGGAGUUUUAGAGCCACUCGACACUUUGCACGGAGGCAAACCCGGGUUUGCCAUCGGGUGUCCGGUCAGUAACCAGCUGCAGUCAAUCGGGGCGAGUCCCCCUGGCGAGCCUGUCGGAAUAGCGCACGUGUUUGCACUAAGUGGCCAUGCGCUGCUGCAGAGAGCAUCUCCCUGCACCACUCACUGCCAGAUAGGCGAGCCCCUAAGUAGCGUAAGAUGCGCCCGUUCCACGAAUGCAAUUGCCAGACCUGGAAUAAAGGUACUGCUGAUGGCUGUGCAAUGAUGACUAGUUAUUAAGAUGCGGAGUGUCCUGAUAAGCUGCCGCAUCGUCUUCGGGUUAGAGGAUGUCGAUACGGGCAGCGCUCCUCGCUGUCACUCUCGGCGUGUUUUAUUUAAGCGGUUGUUUCCUGCAUGCAGCUGAUAUGAACUGUAAAUUGGCCAACCAGCGCCCUCUCUUGGAAAAGGUUGGUAAACACCAAGCACAGCGCUGCUUUCCCUUUCCCCUAAAGACUUGCUAUACUGAUAUUCAGGAAAUUCAGGAAUGACUGUGUAGGUAAGCCCAAGCAAUUACACCGAGAAAACUUUUCUCAAACCUGUGCCUAUUUGCUAAUAAUAGACAAGCUCUUGACUCAAGUUACCCGAAUAAGAAACAGACCUGUGGCUCAAAGAUUUGCACAUCUGCUUAUGUGAUGCCUCACAGUGGCAACUUUAAAGCAGAGAGGAGGAGACUUCGCCCCUCCAUAUAAUAUUGAAUUCCUGGUACUAACUUCAGACCCCAGUCAGUGGUCAGGGAUGGUAAUCUUUGCUUUAAAGGAAGGGGGAAAGGGAAAUACUUUCCCAGUCUUAGAGAAAAUGCAAAUCAUGUUCAUGCCAUACUGAGAUGUGAUGGGAUUGUGUAUUUUAUUUCAUUUUAUUUUAAUUUGCCAAACGAAAAGAAGGAUUUGUGAAUAGCUGGCUCCUGGCCUAUUCAAACGAUUAGUCUUUUUAUCUAUGCAAUACAGAUGAUUUCAUGAACCAAAUGCACAUGAUCAAUUAUUCUUUCAAACAAAGCAGGGGUCCUUAUUUCUAUGGCAACAGGCAUCCUCAGUGUCCAGGUAAGUGGUCUGCAGAAUCCAGUCUCUAAACACUCUGUGCUUUCUAGGAAUUAAGUACUUGAACAUGUCUUUGCUUUUUCCAUCUUGGUUAAUUGAGCAAAGUCCAUGCAUUCCUCAGUAAUGUAUUGCAGUUACGGUCAUUAGUGAGCUGUCAUACUCUGCAGUUUCCUUCCUCUUGGGGUAUUGUUAGAAGCACCAUUCCAAAUCUCAAGUUUCCUGCCUGUAGGAAUGUGCCCUGCCAUCAUUGCUCAGUAGCUGUCAGAUUCACACAACUGCUUGAAGUGGUGAAGUUGGGUCUGGGCUUACACACUGGGAUGGAGUGGGAAUUGGUUCCCCAACUGAACAAAGAAAAUGAGUGUGUCCGGGAGAAGGCUAAGCCCUACCUGACAAUGCUAGUUCACACCUGUGAUGGGGAAGGAGAAGGCCACUGGACAACCUUCCCAUUGCUUCUAAAAUGUCAUCAUGCACUGCCAAACUAUUUUCAAACCUGUCUUGAGAAUCUCGUGGCUUAGGGAUAUUGGUUCUUUUGUUUCAAAAACCGGAAUGAAAGCAAAUAUUCCCAAGGUUUAAAAAGCUGUGUUUGGUGCCAAAUCUUGUGCCCUGGAGUGUGUAGGCACAUCAUGUAGUUGGACUAGGAAUGUCUUAUGUAAAGCUCUGCAAAUAGCCCCAUCCCAGAUACAGAAGGGAAAUGCCAGGUGAGACUGAAAGGCAGUUUACAAAUGUUGAUGUUUGUCCUGCCACGGGCAGAGUUAUGAAGUAACAUGACACAAAGAACACACAAGUUGUUUUCAAAAUUAUGAAUGUGAACGUUACAGAAGGUCUUGUGUAUUAUUAUUAUUAUUAUUAUUAUUAUUAUUAUUAUUAUUAACACCACCUAUAGAGCAUCAUCUAUGCAUAAAAUUUGACAAGGGGGAAAUGGGAAGGGAGCAGAAAUGAAGGCAGGGGGAAUGUGCGCAUGCUUCAGUUACGUUCACUUAGACAGAGUUGCAGGUGCAAUUGCAAUAGAAUGGGGUGGGGAACAUUUUUCAGCGCGAGGGCCACAUUUCCUUCUGGGAAACCUUCCAGGGGCCACAUGUCAGUGGUGGGCGGAGCCAGAGGCAAACAUAGGUGGAGCAACAUACAUAAAUCUCACCUUUCUGCAGUAGGCUGGCUUCUGCACAUACUCAGAUACCCACCUCUGUCCUCCAUCUAGGCAAGCUAGAGGCAUUCUCAGAGUCAAAGGACUCCUUCUAGCCUGGCAAAAACAUCCAAGGAAGGUGCGAAGCAGAUACGGUGAGGGGGGUGGCCUGGGGAGAGGGGGCGUGGCCUAGGGGAGAGUCCCAAGCACCAAGAAGAGUGGAAUGGAGGACUGAUUUGUCCCUUGAGGCUGAGAUUCCCCACCCCUGAAGUAAGAUAUGAAAACUAGGUGAUGGAAGGAAAGAAGGAAAGGAGGGAGGGGCUGGAUGAAUGAUGGCUUGUGCUUCAUCCGUCACUGUUCACAGGAUAGCUCAGCCGGUAGAGCAUGACACUCUUAAUCUUGGGGUUGUGGGUUCAAGGCCAAGUUGGGCAAAAAUAUUCCUGUAUUGCAGGGGGUUGCACUAGAUUGCAUUUUAACCUGUAUUUUAUCUUGUUUUCUUCUUUUUCUUUUCCCCCCUUAUUAUGUUUUUACUGAAAUUUUAUUGAUGUUAGCCGCCCUGAGCCUGGCUCUGGCCAUGGAGGGUGGGGUAUAAAUAAAAUUAUUAUUAUUAUUAUUAUUAUUAUUAUUAUUAUUACUAUUACUAUUAUCAUUAUAUGACCCUCCUGGUCCCUUCCAACUGUACAAUUCUAUGUUCAGUCCCUCCACCAUCCCAGCAAACUGGCUUUCAAAUAGAUUCUUUUUUAAAAAAUUUUUUUAAAAUACUCUGUUUUAGCUGUUUGAGUGUACAGAGCUAGUGUCAUGCUGGUGUUUUUAACUUACUCCCUUGUAAUCUGUUUUAUGUUGAUAUUCAUUUUCUCUGCCAGCCUUUGUAAGCUGCUCUGAUAGCUGUGGCUGAAGAGUGCGUAAUAAGUGGCAGACAACCAUUCAACAGGUGUAGCAUUUCCAUCACUGUAUAUGCUUGUUUGUGGCAGCAGCGGGAAAGCCGCCUUCAUCUGUAGAAUUUCUACCUGCUCCCACAGAUCUUACAAGCAGGCAUCACUGGAAGGAGGGCACCGUUUCAGCCGGGCAACCUGUUUGCCCUGAAACUGUGACUUCUCAAAGUCCUGUGGGCCGUCUGCUACAGUGCAUCUAUGUGAUGAUGCAAGAAAGGAGAAACUUGAAAUUAUAGGGUCACUGGUAAAAGAAUAGCUAAAUAAAUAAUAGAGGAGAGUCUGUGCUGACUGAAUCAGUCACUCCAGGAGUCGUCCCUUUUUAAAUGUAAAUGAAGCUGAACGCUGAGCACUUGCUCUCUGUUGGUGUGCAGUAGAGACCUCACCCUGGCCUCCUUCGGGCUCCCUGUCAUAAACAGGAGGCACUUUUCAUUAGCAUUAUUAAUUAGUAUUGUUAUUAAUGCAAAUGAGGGCAAGUGCACAGAAUCGCAAAUCUUUAAGUCAGAAGGGACCGCUGGGACAAUGCAGUGUGUUUCAGUCCAGCUGAAUGGAUUCCUUCCCCCUCCCAGUAUGUAAAUCAAGCUCAUUAAAUUGUGUUUGGAUAAAGCCUCAUGUCUUUAUAGAUGGCUGUCCAUUCUUUAUCCUCAAAGUGCAAGUGAUGGAGAACUUACUUUUACCACCCCUGGGCACUCUGUGUCAGUGGCUAUUUCAGCUCGAAAUGUGCCUUGUCUUGAACUUUCAAUUAACCAACUUUAAUUGGCAUCCAUUUGGGCCUUAUUAAUUCCUUCCACUGUCAGAUUCAUGAGGCUUUAUUAGCCAGUAUAUUUAUGCCCGUGAACGUCCUUAAGUAUCAAGCUGCAUCUCUGUAAACUAGACGGCUUGAACUCAACACAAAUCUUUCCAUAGUGGUUUUAGUUCCUUUGCACUUGGUGCUUUUGUCUGCAGCUUCCCUGCUUCCUUGACUGGCAGGAACUUCCAUGCACACAAGCAGCAAGCACAUAAGAAUGCAAUCAAAUGCAAUUUCUUGUUAAAAUGCCCCAUUCGUCCUAUAAGCUCCCUUUAAGUGACAGGAUUGGCCAGAUGAGUCACUGUCUCCCUCUUGUGGCUGUACCAUGCAAUUGCCAAUGACUAUCCUACCCACGUUCGGGACGUGGGUGGCGCUGUGGGUUAAACCACAGAACCUAGGACUUGCUGAUCAGAAGGUCGGCAGUUCGAAUCCCCGCGACGGGGUGAGCUCCCGUUGCUCGGUCCCUGCUCCUGCCAACCUAGCAGUUCGAAAGCAUGUCAAAGUGCAGGUAGAUAAAUAGGUACCGCUCUGGCGGGGGAAGGUAAAUGGUGUUUCCGUGCGCUGCUCUGGUUCGCCAGAAGCAGCUUAGUCAUGCUGGCCACAUGAACCGGAAGCAGUACACCGGCUCCCUCGGCCAAUAAAGUGAGAUGAGUGCCGCAACCCCAGAGUCGGCCACGACUGGACCUAAUGGUCAGGGGUCCCUUUCCCACGGCGUUUGAAGAAGAUGGGUCUCUGCCUCAGGGAACCUACAACUGGAAAUUUAAAAUGGAAAGCAAUGUGACAUGGGAGGAGAGGGUAAACAGGGGGAAGAAUAUAGUUCAUGGGUGGCAUCCAACCAAAUAGACCUGCUAAUGCAAGGAUUUCCGCUUGUGAAAGGGAGCUUUCCCACCCUCCUCUCCCCACAAUAGAUUUAGGGGGGCACAUGGGGCACAUUUAGGGGGGCACGUGGGGAGAGGGGAGGCGAAGCUCUUUUGCGUAGCCAAAAGUCCUUGUGCCAGCAGAUCUGUUUAGCUGCCCUGUGUUCAAAUGCUUGAUUUCUCUCUCAGCAUUCAAAGCUGACCUGGUAAGAACAAUCACCUUUACCUCUGUGCAAGAUUCAUCUUCUGAGAUUUACAGUCUAGCAUUCUAUCCUGACACCAGUUGACCUGAUAGAAUGCCCUCCGCAGAGAGCCCCACACUAUCAUCUUCAAGUACAGCUCUCCACGGCCUUUUCAUUAUAAUGGGUACAUCUACUAAGUCUCUUUAGAUUCUUGCACUAUUUUAUUCCCCUGGCUGCUUCUCAGUUAGCUUUAGCUGCUGUGUAUUCCCACCCUCACCCCCCCGUCUUGCUUUAUUUCUAAUUGGUUUGAGUGUCUAAUUUUUUGAUUGCAUUUCAAUGGCUUGCAACGCUCCAGGGAACCUGGCUGUGUACAAAUGCAACAAACAAAUAAUUAAAUACUGAUUCCUACCUGCUGAAGAAAUAAUGUAAAUACUGGAGCCUACUGGCUAAUGUAGUGGCCCUUGCCUCAAGAGCAAGUUUGAUUGCUGCCACCACGCGUUGUGCAGGAUGAAUGUUCAUAAAUAGCCUGUCUGGAGGUGACCUUAGACCCUGGGCUCAAUGGUCUUUUAUUUUGCACCAAAACAUAGCACGCCCUUCCCCUUUUGCAUUUGUGGACCCACCUGCUUGUUCUGCAGAAUGGGGCCCUGGACUCCAGCAUCUGCCUUGACAUAGGAGUCAAAGAAGCUGCAUUAAACUGUUGGUGGUCUGGCUUCCUACCGUCUACACCGACUGUUGGCUGCUGUCCAGAAGUUCAGGGGUCUUUUGCAGCCCUACCUGGAGAUUGAAACUGGGAACUUGAGCAUGCCAGACCCUCCAAGUGUUCCAGGGAUGUCCCUAAUUUAGAGAAGCCGUCCAGGUUUCUGAUUUGAUCCAGGAAUGUCCUGCUUUCCCUUAAAGGCAGAGGUAAAGGGACCCCUGACCAUUAGGUCCAGUCGUGACUGACUCUGGGGUUGCGGCGCUCAUCUCGCUUUAUUGGCCGAGGGAGCCGGCAUACAGCUUCCGGGUCAUGUGGCCAGCAUGACUAAGCCGCUUCUGGCGAACCAGAGCAGCGCACGGAAACACCGUUUACCUUCCCGCUGGAGCGGUACCUAUUUAUCUACUUGCACUUUGAGGUGCUUUUGAACUGCUAGGUUGGCAGGAGCUGGGACUGAGCAACGGGAGCUCACCCCGUCUCAGGGAUUCGAACCGCCAACCUUCUGAUCUGCAAGUCCUAGGCUCUGUGGUUUAACCCACAGCGCCACCCACACCCGCUUUCCCUUAGGAUGUCCCUAUUUUCAUGGCAGAAAUGUUGGAGGGUGUGGAGUUAUCCAACCCCCGAGCUGUCUGAAGGCAAUUCUGUAUAGGGAAUUAAAAAUAAAUAAAUGUUUUAUUAUGUUUUUAUAUACCGUAUUGGCCCGGAUGUAAGCCACACUUUCCCCCCCCAAAUUCCAUCUGUGAAAGGUUAAAGUGUGGGUUAUAUUUGGAACUGAGCACUGCAUGCCUGCCUCCUGACACUACCGCCCUGAAUGGGGGAUGGGGCAGCUGACGACGGCUUGGGGAGGUAGUGCCAGGAGGUGGGUGCGUAGCAUGCUUGGAACUGAGCGCUGGCACCGGCCACCCCCCCGCCUGGGCGGUGGUGCCGGGAGGUGGGCGGCACCCACAAAUAAGCCUUCAAAUUUAAAGGUGCGGCUUAUUUGCGGGUGUGUCUUAUAUUUGGGCCAAUACGGUAUGUCAGAAGCUGCCCAGAGUGCUGGAGCAAUCCCAAAAGAUGUGUGGGGUAUAAAUGGUAAAAUUGUCAUUAUGGAAUGGGAUGCUCCCUAUUUUCAUCGGAGAAAAGUUGGAGGGUAUGGCAUGCGAAUGGGACACGGGUGGCGCUGUGGUCUAAACCACAGAGCCUAGGACUUGCCGAUCAGAAGGUCGGCAGUUUGAAUCCCCGCGACGGGGUGAGCUCCCAUUGUUCGGUCCCUGCUCCUGCCAACCUAGCAGUUUGAAAGCACGCCAGUGCAAGUAGAUAAAUAGGUACUGCUCUGGCGGGAAGGUAAACAGCGUUUCCGUGCGCUGCUCUGGUUCACCAGAAGUGGCUUAGUCAUGCUGGCCACAUGACCCGGGAAAACUGCAUGCGGACAAACGCCAGCUCCCUCAGCCAGUAAAGCGAGAUGAGCGCCGCAACCCCAGAGUCGCUGGCAACUGGACUUAACUGUCAGGGGUCCUUUCCCUUUACCUUAUGGUAUGCGAAGCUGAUGCUCUGCCCCUGAGCUGCAAGCCUAAUUUGUGACUUAAUACCACUUUAAUAGUCCGUCAGAACCCCUUACCCUUUCUCUCACUCACCCCCGCAACUGAAAGCAGAUGGAGUGCGCCAGUAAAUAAAAGGUGCGUUCGAAACGGCGAGAGGCAGGGAGGCUUCCAGCCAGACCCUGCUGCCUCCUAAUGAGCUGCCUCUAUGCUUAGCGUGGAGCAUCAGAACAGGCUCCAAAGGGGCGGAAAAUCUUUAUGCAUGGAGCGUGUGCUGCAUAAGCAGCAGGACUGCUGCACUGCACAGGGAGAUGAGGCGGCUUUAUGAGCGCUGGCACUUUCCCUCUGCUUUGAAUCUGCCCCAUUAGCAUAAGCUAUUUAUCAGGGUGAUUUGGCAAUCAGGAGAAGCAGGAGCUGUGCAGGGGAAACGGCUGUCUUUAGGGGAGGAAGAAGGAAGGGCAAGAAGGCUCUGUGUGGGGUGGGGUGGCGAAUGGGCUUGAGCCCCCACUUCUGCCUGCAUUAAGUUUGGUUCCAGGUCCUCCAGAGCCUAGGAGCUAACUCCUAUGGGUCGAGGUCCCUUGCCCCCCCCAAAUAAAAUACAGUCAUACCUCAUGUUACGUCUGCUUCAUGUUACGUUCUUUCAGGUUACGUCCCGCGGUGACCCAGAAGUACCAGAAAGGGUUACUUCCGGGUUUCGCCACUCGCGCAUGCGCAGAAGUGCAAAAUGACAUCACACGCAUGUGCAGAAGCAGCGAAUAGCAACCCGUGCAUGUGCAGAUGCGCUGCUGGGGGUUGCGCUCUUUUCAUGUUGCGAACGGGCCUCCAGAACAGAUCCUGUUCGCAACCAGAGGUACCACUGUAUUUGAGGGGGCUGGGCCCCCCAAAGUUGAUGGGCAUUGGCAUUCAAAUUGUGUGUCGGUGCACCAUGUCAUGUGAUCAGUUAUGUGGGGUGGGGAUUACCUGCACCCCCUCCCCAAAUAUUUUAUUCAAGUUGGCACCACUGCUCCAGAGUGGAACUUUGCUUUGAUGAACAAAUGUCUAUAUACAGUCGUACCUUGGAAGUCAAAUGGAAUCUGUUCCAGAAGUCUGUUCGGCUUCCAAAAUCAUCGGAAACCAAGGCACAGCUUCUGAUUGGCUGCAGGAAGCUCCUGCAGCCAAUCAGAAGCUGCGGAAGCAGCAUCAGACAUUGAGGUUCCAAAGAAUGUUCGCAAACUGCAACACUCACUUCCGGGUUUGCUGCAUUCGGGAGGCAAAACGUACGAGUGCCAAGGCAUUCAUCUACCAAGUUACGACUGCAUACUCAUAGAAUAGGCCAUAGGAUUGGAAGGGACCAUGAGGGUCAUCUAGUCCAACCCCUUGCAAUGCAGGAAUGGGCUUGAACUCAUAGCCCUGAAAUUGAGAGCCUCAUGCUCUACCAGCUGAGCUACAUAUGCAGCUAUGGUUUCUGGAGAAGCUGCGCUGACAGCUGGUGUUCUAGCAUAGUGGCUAAGGCGAAGUCUGCACCCUAAGGGGACAAUAAUUUACCCCUCACAGUGCUACAAUUCCCAGCACCACUAACAAUCUGCAGCUCCCAGGAUUCUUGGAGGGGGCAGGAGAUGUGCUUUAAACGUGUAUGGUGUGCACACAGCCUAAGACAGUGAGCUGCAGAUGAGGUUCGAAUCCUGCCUCUGCCGCGUGGUCAUGAGAUGGCCUUAAGUACGCCACUCCUUUUUAGCCUGCAUUGCAGGAGGUUGGGCUAUGACUCUCUGCAAUCCUAUCAAAUAAGCAAAAACUCUUCCGCCACAAAAGAAAUGGUUUCAUCUUUAAUGGCUGUGCAAAUCAGAUUGCCCCAUGACCAACACCUCCCUACCUGCAAACCAGAGAUGCUUUAUCAGCCACUAACAUUUCCAAACCGGAGCGCACAGCCCUGUUUGUGCACCCAUUCCUCUAACCUAACCUUCCCCAACUGGUUGGCCUCCGGAUGUUUUGGACUACAAUUCCCAUCACCCUGACCACUAGCCAUGCUGGGUGGAAUGGCUGAUGGGAGUUGUAGUCCAACACAUCUGGGACGACGACUCUGAUGCGCUUCACCCCCUUUGCAGCAGCGGUUGCUUUACGGAGCUCUUGCAGAUGUUGGUUUACUGCAGGCGUGGGGAGCCUUUGUUCCCCCAGAUGUUGCUGGAUUACAACUCCCAUUGCCCCUGACCACUGGCCAUGCUUGCUGGGGCUGAUGGGAGUUGUUGUUCAGCAACAUUGAGGGGGCGAGGGAAGUUCCCUACAUCUGGUUUACGGCCUAUGUGUUUCUGAGGGGUGCUUGAUGCUCUGCUUUAUGCAGGAUAUAGGCACCCCCCCCCCAGCAGCAGGGACAUUAAAAGACUUUUGCAUAUGGUUUUAAAAAGCCACAUUUCUACUUCAGAUGCGUUGACACAGCUGGAGAUGCCAGGGUGGUCCUGGGAAGGUUGCAUAAUUGGUGGUGGCUUUUAAAAGGAAAGGCUUGUUUGUGAUUGACAGCUAUUAGCUGGGCAGCCUGUGAGUGACAGCAUCCUCCCCUUGACUCCCGGAGAGGGCUGUUUUGUCAUUGCCUUAGAAACAGGCCCCCUCUCACUGGAGUGCAGCCAGCGGGGAUCAGCUGAUCCAUACGGAUCCCGCUGAGGUGGGGCCUCCAUGAGAUUAGGACAUCACCUGUCAAGAGAUAAUGGCUAACUCUGAGGCUUUCCAGAGACAAAACUCGGCCACAAAGCAAAGCUUACGAGGGAUAUGGCCAGGGCAGGAUCACAAGGGCCAGCUGGAGGGCUGCAUUAAGGCUCCAGGCCCAGUGGCAUAGCGUGGGUUGUCAGCACCUGGGGCAAGGCAAGCAAUUUGCGCCCCCUAACCCGUGGAUUUGUGCCCCCUAACCCUAAGCCCCAGAUGUUGCGCCCGGUGCGGCCGGCCCCCCCUGCACCCCCCACGCUACGCCACUGUCCAGGCCUAAGGUUUCACAUCUACAGCGACUGGGAGGGACUUUCACUGGGAGUAUUUUCACCAGCCUUAACUGGAGAUUCUGGGGACUGGACCUGGGACCUUUCACACACAAAGGAUGUGCUCUCCUGCUGAGCCACACAUCCCCUGUGCAAAUGUAACAACAACAACAAAACAACAACAACAACAACAACAACAACAACAACAAUAAAUUUAUUACUUGUACCCCGCCCAUCUGGCUGGGCUUCCCCAGCCACUCUGGGUGGCUUCCAGAAAGACCAAAAAUACACUAAUAUGUCAUACAUUAAUAACUUCCCUGAACAGGGCUGCCUUAAGAUGUCUUCUGAAUGUCAGGUAGUUGUUUAUCUCUUUGACAUCUGAUGAGAGGGCAUUCCACAGAGCGGGCGCCACUACCGAGAAGGCCCUCUGCCUGGUUCCCUGUAGCUUUGCUUCUCGCAAUGAGGGAACCGCCAGAAGGCCCUCGGUGCUGGACCUCGGCGUCUGGGCAGAACGAUGGGGGUGGAGAUGCUCCUUAAGGUAUACUGGGCCAAGGCCGUUUAGGGCUUUAAAGGUCAGCACCAACACUUUGAAUUGUGCUCGGAAACGUACAGGGAGCCAAUGUAGGUCUUUCAAGACCGGUGUUAUGUGGUCUCGGCGGCCGCCCCCAGUCACCAGUCUAGCUGCUGCAUUCUGGAUUAGUUGCAGUUUCUGGGUCACCUUCAAAGGCAGCCCCACGUAGAGCGCAUUGCAGUAGUCCAAGUGAGAGAUAACUAGAGCAUGCACCACUCUGGCGAGACAGACCGCGGGCAGGUAGUGUCUCAGCCUGCAUACCAGGUGGAGUUGGUAGACAGCUGCCCUGGAUACAGAAUUGACCUGCACCUCCAUGGACAGCUAUGAGUCCAAAAUGACUCCCAGGCUGCGCACCUGGUCCUUCAGGGGCACAGUUACCCCAUUCAGGACCAGGGAGUCCUCCACACCAAAAAAGAAGGCCAGUGGAUUUGGGAGAACUUUUAGGCACCUCUGAUUUAGGGCAUUGUUGCAUCCAGGGUUGGCACUGAGGCUCAACAUCAUCAGGUGCCAAAAACUAACCAAAAAACUGAAACUGACAUGGGGACAAACAGAAAAAGGCGCCUUCACUGCAGUAUGGUUUCCCUUCAUCACAUAAACAGUCCAACAAGGCAACUACAAAAAUCUGCCGACAGUGUACGGCUCAAUCUGGCUAACCUGAUUCAAAAAUACACACUCCUACCCCACUCACAAGGAUGCGGGUGGUGCUGUGGGUUAAACCACAGAGCCUAGGACUUGCUGAUCAGAAGGUCGGCAGUUCGAAUCCCUGCGACGGGGUGAGCUCCCGUUGCUCGGUCCCUGCUCCUGCCAACCUAGCAGUUCGAAAGCACGUCAAAGUGCAAGUAGAUAAAUAGGUACUGCUCCGGCGGGAAGGUAAACGGCGUUUUUGUGCGCUGCUCUGGUUCACCAGAAGCGGCUUAGCCAUGCUGGCCACAUGACCCGGAAGCUGUACGCCGGCUCCCUUGGCCAAUAAAGUGAGAUGAGCGCCCCAACCCCAGAGUCGGCCACGACUGGACCUAAUGGUCAGGGAUCCCUUUACCUUUUUACCCCACUCACACGAAAACAAUUCCCACUACAGCCAACCAAAGACAACCAACCACACCCUAGGCCACCCCCAACCUCUCUCACCACCAAAGAAACAACAAGCGAAUAAUAAGAGAACCCACACAGGUAAUGCUGACACAAAACCCCACACAUACACUAAGUAGACGUAGAGAAGCAUAACCACCUCACCCCACUCCACUCACAAUUCCCCUCCCCCUCUUCCCCCUCUUCCCUUCCAAAGUGUUUAAACCAAUUCAUGAACCAAGAACUUACACAUUGGCCACUAAUAAUGAACCAUAUGUUGUAGGUGUUUUUCCACAUUUAUUACGCUAUUUUUGUGAUAUAAAAUUACAUGAGAAAACUUGGGAUACUUAUUUGUAUAGAAGUACAUAGUCAGUUGCCUCCCAAGGUUCCUAUCCCAAAUCCUAGAGUCCUAUGAUUGUCAUCUUCCUUCUUGAUGCUGCUGCUGAAAAAGAGAGACAUUUCUUUUCUCCUUGGUCAUCCACAGUGGGCCCUGGGGCAGCAUAUUGAACAGGCACACAGCCCCUCUGGUCCCAGACUUGCACCCCACUGUGGUGAGAUGUACUGUAUUCCUAUUUGAAUUACAGUAUGUACAAAUCAGCUGAGAUAAAUUGCUCAGAUAGGUGUCCUCUUUUGUUGUCUUCUUUUGUGGAUGCAUGACCUCUCCUGGGAUGCGCAAGCAGCCGUUCCAUUCCUGGUAGAGCAGCUGCUCUGCACGCAUAGAGGUCCCCAUUUCAACUGGGACCUUGGGGAGCUGCUGCCAGUCAGAGCAAGCUCUACCAGGCCUAAGUGGACAAAGAACCCGAGCUGGCAAUUUCCGCAGAACAGAGAGGGGAACAGAGGUUAAGACAUCAGGCCGUUGUCAGCCGAGGACUUUGUGGCCUCGUUAUGGAAGCAAAGGGGCGGCUCUGUCGUUAGCGUGAUCUAUUUUUGAUGCAAAUCAACGCAGAGACCAGAUGGGGUCCCUCUAUCCCAUAAGGGACAUGAAGGCUGCAGCCCUGCUUAGCCCGGUUAAGUGAAUUCCUGGCUUCCAGCAAAAGCUAAGAAGAGGAGGUCAGGAGUGGGCGGCGGAUGGAACAGCAGCCAGGCAGCUGUGGGCAUGUUCCCUACCAGAGGAGGCUUCUUCGCGCAACGCUCCCAGAAGCCUCGCUCCCCAUGCUGAGUUUGCAGAGAAGACUGUCAUUAAUUAGCUGCUUUGUCUCCUGCAGGCCGAGUGGAGCUGAGUUGCUGCUCGGGGCUGGCAGGAGGCAAGUCCCCGCUGCGAGGCGGCAGCAGGGACCGGAGUGAGUCGAUAGCCUUUAAGAGGAUAGCCGCUCCCCAUAAAACAGCUCCUGGGCCCUGGCUUCUGGCAGGUCUCUCCUCCCCCUUAAACAUUGUGUGUGGGGGGAGCCUGUUGGUCCAGACCUCUGGCAGAUGGAAGAGACAGCUGCUUGACUCAAUCGGACACCCGUGGCUGGCUGGCUGGCUUCUGCCUCGCUGCCUAGGGUGCCUUGCAAGAAUUUUUCAGCUGCGCCCCAAGACCAGCUCAUUCUUCUGCAACGUGGCCCAGAGGUUAAGGCAACCUUGCCGCACCCUGAAGCAGAUUGACUUCCAGGUGCCCCCUUCCAAGUCUCAGCUUUAA